GGGAAUUUCCCGGUCCAACAAGAAGCAGAUAUUUGCGAAGGCGGACGAGGACAUGAGAGUAGCCCAUGGCGAAACGUUUUCUCCAUUCUCUCCCACGCAACUCUCACACGCCUCCCAUCGUUUCCACAUUUCAUAUUUAUAGCAAUACCUCUCGCUCUUUCUCUCCCACUCUCGUUUUUCGAUUCUUUUGGUCUCCAACCGCUCUUUCCCUUUCCGCACUCUGAUCAAUGGCGCUAUGUGGAAUUGGUUGGAGUCCGAGUGUGGAAAGUGUUGAAGUAGUGUAUUUUAGUGGAAAUUUGUCGACAAGACUGAUCAGACAGAGUCCCAUGCGUUUAACUGGGAAGAACUCUUACUUGAAUCAGAGACAGUAUUGGGGUGUAAGGUGUUCAUCGGCAAGCAAAGCUGUGUCUCCGAUGGAAUCAGAAGAAAAUGCUCAGAGUGCAUUAUUGGGUUCCAUGGAGGAAGAAUUGAAACAUGUUACAAGGUUCAAGAUAUCCGAUUUUAAGAUUCUUGAUUGCGUUAGCAUCGGCCUUGGUGGGCGGGCUGACGAGUUAAUUUUUGAAGCAAUGGUGAAGGAUACUAAAAGUCCUCUGUAUAACACUAGAGUUGUGCUUCGACGUCAUAAUAGUGCUCAAGCUCAGCGCAGAGGAAAAAGGGCAAUAGAGGUAUUGAAGAAGUUAGUUCAUCGUAGACUUAUGUACCAUUCUUACUCGAUGCAAGUCCAUGGUUACAUUGCUUCGCCUACAAGUAGUGGUCGUUGUUCAUUUACCCUGGUCCAUGGGUAUCAUGGCAGUUUCUCCUUAAGACAUUGGCUUCAACAAUCAGAUUGGCUUCCAACCCUAGAAGCUACUCUUGUGUUGGAUGAAGAGUCUGUCAGGAGGGUGGGAGACGAUACAGUUGGAGGGCCUGCGGUUACUCGGCAAUUGCGCCUUAUUCGAUUAUUGAUGAGGGAUCUUUUGAUUGGAGUAAAUUACUUGCACAGCCAUGGACUUGCCCAUACAGAGUUGAGGCUGGAGAAUGUGCACAUAAGCCCAGUGGACAGACAUAUUAAAGUAGGGAUACUAGGAAAUGCUGCUGACUUCUAUGAGAAAGGUCCUAACAGUAGUGCUCUGGACAACAACUUGGAUAGGCGACUAAUGAUGAUUGCAUUUGACAUGAGAUGUGUUGGGUUCAUGAUGGCAAAAAUGGUGUUGCGGGAACUCAUGGAUCCCUUAAUAUUUACAAAGUUCAAAUCGUUUCUCACAAAGGGAAAGGAUCCUUCAUGCUUGCGGGAGUUUCUUCUAAAAAUCCUCAGUAGGAAUUCCCCAUCAGGAAAUAUUGGGUUCCAAAUUCUGGAUAGGAAUUGGGGUGCAGGUUGGAACCUUUUAUCCUUAUUGCUUGCAACCAAACCUUCCAAAAGAAUAAGUUGUUUAGAUGCUCUUAGACACCCAUUUCUUUGUGGUCCAAGAUGGCGGGUAGUCCCAUCCAUGGAUAUCAUCAGGUGGGGUCUUGGUUCCACUGCAGUACGAAUUACAGAGGAAUACAUUUAUGGCCAACCUCAGCGUAGUAGGCUUGCCCACUUCAUCGAGUUGAUGGAAAUGCUGAAUCCUCACUCAAAGCCAAAGAAUUGGCUGGAGUUGAUGCCUGGAAAAUGGCGUUUAUUGUACUGCACAGGGAGGCACAUAGGGUUGACCCUUCGCCAGCCACCUGCCCGAGUCCUCAUCGGUGACGUGCACCUUAUUGUGUCAAGAGCAUCAAAGUUAAAUACCAACCUGUCUUUCACCUCAAACAUUGGAUUCACAGUCAUGAGUGGUAGAGAUUGGCCCCACGCGAAGACUGGUACAAAUGGGAAUUUGCAAGUAGAUUCAUUAUUCAAAUUAACAGCCGGGAGACGGCUGUACCUCAAGGAAGAAAAGACCACAGGAAGGUUCACUUUGGGUCCAUCAAAUAUCCAAGAUUCUCUAGCUAAGAAAUUAUCAGGUAGAAAAUGGAGGAAAGCAAUCCCUUUUAAGGAGUUCCCAUCAAGCCUUCCAGUGGCCAAACUUGCUUCAGGUGACAUAGAGGUGACAAUGAGUCUCGGUAAUCCAUUGACUCAAGACGUUGAUACUGCAAGAAACGUGGUUCAGGAAGUUCGGACACAACUCCCGCCUGAAAUGUUUGAUCUGACGAAGUUUGUAUGUGGAACGUAUGUUGACUCCAGGCUGCUAGUUCUUCGCGGGGUGAAUGGAUCAGCCUUGCUGUUCACAAGGUCUUGUGUCGAUGAAACCAAUAGAUAACAACACAAGU